AUGAUAGGAGGAGAAAACCCGAMYRAUUCCUGUUUAAUAAAGGGACAUUGCUUUGCUGCCAAUGAACCCAACCCACGUGACUGGUGCCAGCAGUGUUUACCACAUGUUGACCAUAAAWMGUGGACAAGUAGAAAAAACAAUCAAGUUCCCAGGUUUCCUUCAAAGACCACCUAUUUUGCCUUACAAGGAGAAAGACUUGUGAUCCAACUGAAAGCAACAGACCCUGAUAACCGUCCCCUAACAUACUCUGUAUUCAGUUCUACAGCUACUGGAUAUACACUCAGUCUAUCUGGUUUAUUGACAUGGAAGGUGACAUCCAAUCAGAAUAAAAAGUUUACCUUUCAAGUGACUGACGAGUGUGGCGCGUUUGAUAUAAUACAUGUGACCGUACAUAUAGUACAAUGUCCUUGCCUCAAUGGUGGCAAAUGUGUACCUCACCCCUACCACCCACGGGGAUCUGGAUCAUACCAAUGUCAGUGUCCCAGAGGAACCGGUGGAGAACGGUGCCUGAAAGUUUGUUCCRGGUCUGAAUGUCCUCGUGGUCUCGCAGUGAAACCUAUAGGGACAACCAAACUUGAAGUGAAAUGGAACGAACCUAAAGACUUACGGUCUGUGGAUUAUUAUUGGCUAAAGUAUGGUCAUACAGACAAACUAACCUGGAAAAUAAAAGUGCUAAAGACUGUCACAACCAAGAUCUUAACUGGUUUGAAAAAGUUCGAAAAUUACCGUGUUUCUUUGACUGUGAUGUUCUCCAAUGAUGGUGAAAAAACGACGGAAGCUGUAGCGAAGACUGGCGAGGAUGUACCUGACGCAGCACCAGUCGUCACUGACAUCUCUCCAGUCAGAUAUGAUACCAUGAAGGUCACGUGGUCAUCUAUACCAGAAGAUCAACGGAACGGUAUCAUCAGAGGCUAUAAAAUAUACUACAAGGAACUGCUGUAUCCUAGAAACAAAUGGAAAGUGUUUGUGGUUACCGGAGGUGAUGUAUCCAGUACGAUGGUGACUGGACUAAAGUCAUACACUGAGUACUGUGUUAAGAUGUAUGCCUUUACCAGUAAAGGAGAGUAUCCUGACUGGGGAAGAAAGCAAUGCAAAAUAGUCAAGACUCCUUCGCUUCCUAUCAAAGUACAAGCUAAGGCCAUGAGUAUGACAGAAGUACUUCUGAAGUUCUUGAAACCAGAGCACUCGUUUCCAUCCAAUAAAGUACAAGUGGAUUAUGGAAAACUGAAAGACGAGUUGAAUAUGAARAAAGCCUGCUAUGGUUCUUCUUGUGUGAUUGAUAACCUUGAGCCAGACACCAUGUACUACUUCAGGGUGAUUGGAUAUGUGUACCAGAGAGGAGAAACGCCAACAUUCACUAAGAUAAAGACAUCAAGAGAUGAGGUUCUUAAAUUCAAACGUCAGAUUAAGUAAAGGAAGAUACGACCUUUUUUACUGCUUUUUUGUGUGUAAUUUUGCAUGCUAGCAUAAUCUUAUUGGGGAUUGAAUUGUGCAUGAUAGCGUAGCGGUGAUUGACAUAAGAUGCGAUAUUUACUUGUAUCGUGUAUCUUUAUUACAUCAUUGGUCACGGGGCUCAAACUAUUAUAUCACCAUUGUAUAACAAAAUUAGAAUAUUCUAACAGUUAAAGAGAAUAACAAGUAUGCGUUUACCUCGUUAUUGAUUUCAGUUAUUACCUUCAAACAAAAUAUAAAUAGACAAGACGUUCUUGGAGCGUGCACUGGGUUGCUUUAUGUGCGUAUAUGAUGGAGCUUAUUAAAACCUUCAUCUUUGUGUACCGCUAUUUGGGGGGAUGUUACUUUCUGAAAUUCUCGAUCUCUCCAUUAUUGAUUAUAUUCUUGAAUUAACUAUGCAAAACUGAAUUAUUUGGAAUGCCCGACCAUAUCAGUUCCAGCUCGUCUGAAUUAAAUUCAAAUGGUCAUUUGUUUUUCGAUAACUUUCUGAAGUUCUCGAUCUCUCCAUUAYUGAUGAUUGUAUUGAAAAUAAAGUGUUUUUCUUAAUGUCCAAACCAGUGAAUCCGAAUGAAUCUCGGUUAUUAAAAGGAUUUUAAAAACUCA